AUGUUUGGUUGGAUAAAUAGAGUGAUGGAAGAAAGUGAAAAACUAAAAACCGAAGAAAAUGGAGAAUCAGAAGAAAUAACAUGGAGUUGGGGUGCUGGAACAGAUGGUCUCCCUCUCGAUCUCAAGGACUCAGCCAACGCCGCAAUUGUCGCAGAUCCUUCCUUUGAAGUCACUGCCAAUUCCAAAACGCUACCUUUUGUAGAAGAGAAGAAAGAAUCAGGAGACAGACUAUGGAGUUGGGGUGCUGGAACAGAUGGUCAAUUAGGAACUGGUAGAAUUCAAGAUGAACAUCUUCCUCGACAAUUGUCUCUCCCCUCUGUCUCGUCGCUUGCCUGUGGCGGUGCUCAUGUCAUCGCCUUAACCUCGGCUGGGAAGGUAUUGUCAUGGGGUAGGGGUAAUUCCGGUCAACUAGGCCAUGGAGAGGUAGUCAAUAACAUGUUGUAUCCCAAGGCUGUAACGUCAUUAGAGAACUACUUCAUAACCCAUGUUUCUGCUGGUUGGAGUCACUCAGGUUUUGUUUCAGAUACUGGAAGCCUGUUCACUUGUGGGGAUGGCUCCUUUGGUCAACUUGGACAUGGGGAUCAUGCCUCUCACUGUUCCCCUGUCAAAGUGUCAUGCUUUGUUGAUCAGCAUGUUGCAGAGGUAGCGUGUGGAAUGCGGCAUUCUCUUGUCUUGUUGAAAGGUUGUCUUUCAAGUCAAGUUUAUGGAUUCGGCUCUGGAAAGCGUGGUCAAUUGGGUUUCUCCAAAGAUAAAAUCAAAUCUAUUAAUCUUCCUAAAGUUGUUAGUGGAUUUGAAGAUGUUGAUAUAGUUGGAAUUGCUGCAAAUGGUGAUCAUAGUGCUGCAUUAUCAGUUGAUGGGAAUCUUUACACUUGGGGAAGAGGCUUCAAGGGCUUCGAAGAUUCUCACCUUCCACAAUGCUUAAACUCUACAUUGAAAUUCACUAAAGCCACUCUAGGGUGGAACCAUGCUUUAGCUAUGACCGGUGAUGGAGAGGCUUAUAUGCUUGGUGGCAACCACCUUGGAGUGCUUAAAGAUCUUCGCAAUGAAUGUUCAGAUUCAAGAGAAGCAAAUUUGAAGAAAGUCCCUGGUCUUGAUGGAAUAAAGAUUACUGACAUUGCUACUGGAGCCGAGCACUCUGUUCUGGUCACAGAGAAUGGAGAAAUAAAGACAUGGGGUUGGGGUGAGCAUGGUCAGCUAGGGUUAGGGGAUGAUGGUGACCAACUCAGUCCUGUAACUGUAAGUCUUGGUUAUGAUCUGAAUGAAGCGGCUUCGACCAAAGUUUAUUGUGGAAGUGGCUUCACAUUUGCUUUAACCAAGCCCUAA